UUUUAAUGGCAAUGUUGAUCCAAUGCUAUUAUUCUUUGAGGAAGUUGUUGAGGAAGUCGGAGUUGAAAAUGUGGUGCAAAUAGUUGCGUACUCGACAUCUGCAUGCAUGAUGGAAGCAGGCAAGAAACUAAUGGAAAAACGCAAGACAGUUUUUUGGACAGUAGAUGCUUCUCAAUGCAUGGAACUCAUGUUACAGAAAUUCACAAAGAAAGAACCGAUGCAAGAAAUUUUUGAGAAGGCAAAAAUACACACACAAUUUAUUUACAGCCAAGCUACUGUCCUAAAGCUUCUUAGAGAUGCUUGUCCGGAUGAGCUAGUAAAGCCUUCAAAGAUAACGUCAAUUGUGCCCUCUUUGACUCUGGAGAACAUUGUAUCAGAGAAAGAACACUUAGUUACGAUGUUUCAGUCUUCUAAUUGGCGUAUCUCAAUCUUGGCUUCUACGAGUGAGGGUAAAAGAAUGUCGGAAACAGUUGAAGAUCAGUCCUGUUGGACCAGGGCUUUGAAGGCUGUGAAAGCAACGAUUCCCCUGGUGGAAGUUAUAAAAUUGCUAAAUGAUAAUAAUAAGCCACAAGUUGGUUUUUAUAUAUGGUACAUUAGAUCAAGCUAAAGAGACCAUUAAAAAGGAAUUCAAACACAAGCCAUCCCGUUAUGCAAGAUUAUGCUAGAUUAUGGGACGAAUAUCUCCAUAGUCAUCUCCAUGCUGCGGGUUACUUUUUGAAUCCAACCCUUUCUUAUUCAAGCGAUGUCCACACUGAUGUGGAAGGUUCGUGUGGUCUUUGUUUUUGUGUUGUUCGCAUGGCAGAAGAUCGUCAUAAACAGGAUUUGAUCACGUUGCAAAUUGAUGAGUACCACUCGGGAAAGGGCACGUUUCAUGGUGGAAGUUUCAAAGAUAAACUAUCAUAUAUUUCCCCAGGUGCACUUUGGUGGUCACAAUAUGGAGAUGACUGUCCCAUACUGCAAAGGCUUGCUGUUCGAAUGCUUAGUCAGACAUGCAAUGGUGCUUCACAGUAUAGGGUAAAAAGGAGCUUGGUCGAGACAUUACUAACAGAAGGGAUGAAUCGGAUUGAGCAGCAGAGGCUGCGGGACUUGGUAUUUUUAUCCAUUGUAAUAUACAAUUACAAGCUCUUGAUCCUGAAGGAAGCAACGACGUUGCAGGUGAUUUUCUUGACCCAAUGGAUGAGUGGAUAGUUCGGAAAAGGGCAAAAUUUGGUGUCUGAAUACACUGAGCUUACAUGGAUGGACUUGGAAUUGGCAAGCAGGAAUGGAAAUAGAAAAUAUUGUGUUGAAGGACCUAUUAUUAUUCAUGUAAAGGAGGAAGAGUGAGAUAAAUGUAUAUAGAGUAGCAAAUUUACAAAUAAUUCAGAGGAUAUUGCAGUUUUGGAUGGUUACAGGGCAAGCCCUCUGAGCAUCCUUAUAUAAUACUCCCUCCAUUUCAUAAUAAGCAGUGUUUUAGGUAUUUUAAUUUUUUUCAAAAUAAGUGGUGCUUUAGGAUUUCGAGAAAACUGUGAACAGAUUCUUCUAAGAUUACUCUUAUUUAAAUAGUCAAGAUUCA